AUGGACAAAGACGGAUCUAGACCUGCGAAGCUGCAAGGAACAUCUGGUAAUGGCGACCACUGUCGACCAAUGCGGCCGUCGGUGAUGCAACAGUUUGUAACACGGCCAGAUAUACGUGCCCCUAUCCUGGACAUCACAUCGACAAUCCCGCAAUUACACCCAAGGCCUCUAGGAUACUGGCUGUUGGCUCCAUACACGGACCAAAAUCCGGAGUGCAAUGCGCGUGGUGGCCCACCACAAGUAAAGACUGGCCCGUACAUCUUCGAUGACCACGGACAUCUUGUCUGGAGCGGCUCGCACAUUGUGAAUCGUGAUCAAGCAUGCGACUUCAAGCAAAGCCAGACGGGCGAGUUCUCGCUAUCAAUAAUGAAACCAUUGCCAGGAGCUUUCUACUUCGAGUCAGUCCCCAUGGUCCUGAACUCGUCUCUCCAACUUUCGAGUCCCAUCGAACCGCCUACCGAUGAGAAGAUGUACCUCGACCCGCACGAAUUCAUCCUCACAGGCGAUGAUACAUAUAUCAUCGAGACAAAACAUAGUGUGAAUGUUACUGGAAAGGCGCCGAUCAUGAGUUGUGGGUUCAACGAAAUCGAUCGCAAAUCAGGAGAAGUCGUUUUCAAGUGGAGUUCUGCAGAUCAUGUUCCUGCCGAAGAGUCCUAUGUGCUUGAUGUUUUGCCCCAUGAGCCAUUGGACUACCUCCACUUGAAUUCAAUCGACAAGUCUAAGACCGGGGACUAUCUUCUCUCCGGUCGCUUCACGAACACGAUAUACCUGGUUUCCGGCCGCGAUGGCUCAAUAAUAUGGCGCCUUGGGGGCAAACGCUCAUCUUUUGAGUUGGAUGGGUUCAAUUUCUCUGCCCAGCAUGAUGCGCGACUCGUGCCCUCUUCUGACCCAGAAAUAACUUUGCUCUCUUUCCUGGAUAACGCGUCAAAUGGCUUCGAAGCGACUUCUACAGCAUCGUCAGCCCUCUUGGUCAGCUUGAAUCAUACAGAUAUGCGAGCGAAAGCUCUGCGUCACCAUUAUCGCCCUGACGGAGGAUUGGCGGAGCUUCGCGGCAACGUGCAGUAUCUGGCUUCCGGUCAUAUGUUCGUUUGCUGGAGCAAAGAUGGAUACAUAUCUGAGUAUGAUGAGUUGGGUGCCCUGAUUCUGGAAGUCAGAUUUGUGGGACCAUCGUUGGCGACAUAUCGGGCAUUUAGACUUGAAUCGGCGUCCUGGACUACACCAAGAGAUGAAGAACCUGCCCUUGCUACGGCGGAUGCUGGAGAUGGGACAUCCUCUUUCUUCAUGUCCUGGAAUGGUGCACACGAUGUUAGUGCAUGGAGGCUGUUCGGUUGUACGAAAAGAAACACGUCGAGAGCCGCUUGGUUCAGAAGAGCACUGCACACAGAAAGUUUCUGCGCCGAUAACCCAGGUCAACUUGUUGAAUUCGAGCGGCUUGGAUUUGAAUCCAAUGUUACCAUUUCAGUGCCGGCAGAAGUUGGGCUGGUAUUCGCCCAGGCAAUCGCAUCCUCUGGGGAACUUCUCGGACAGAGCAAUGCGGUGACGGUCCACGCAUCACCCAACAUCAUGACGGACUUGAGCCCCUUGGUAGACGACGAUGUCCAGGGUCGGUCUGUAGUGAUUAUGGCGAUGAUAUGGGUGGUACUUGGAAUGGGAUUGCUUCGUGUGCUACUGGCACUUGGCAAAGUCCUGCGGGAGCCAGGUCGGGCUGUGCUUUUGAAGCCACGACGGGAACCGUUUCGCGAACUUGAUAGCGACGAUAUAUAA